UACUCUAGGAUGUUGCGGCAGGUCUUGCACGAAGGGCUGAGGACGUCUUUCUACAAACUCGGCCACUUUGUCGCCAACCACCCGGUAUUCUUCGCAUCCGCCCCCGUGCUCAUCUCCAUACUGCUGGGCGCCAGCUUCAGUCGCUACCGCAUCGAGGAGAACGUGGAGUACUUGCUGGCUCCCAAACACAGUUUGGCCAAAAUAGAGGGCAACUUGGUGGACAGUCUGUUUCCCGUCAACAAAUCCAAACACACGCUGUACUCCGACCUACAGACGCCGGGCAGGUACGGCAGAGUGAUCGUCACUUCGGGUCGGGGGAGUGUUCUGGACCAGCACCACGUCGAUCUUGUACUGAAGCUCCACAACGCCAUCACCAAGAUCCAGGUGCACAUGCUGGGCUUCAACUACUCCUUUGUCCACCUCUGCCUCCUGGACGACCGUAAGGGCUGCAUCGUGGAUGACAUUCUGCGUGUGCUGGAGGAGCUUCGCACUGCACGUGCCUCCAACCACUCCGCCCCGCCUGUGCGUUACCCCAUCGCCAGGCUGCAGGACGGGCGGCAGACCUACAUCGGACACCAGCUGGGUGGGGUGCUGGCGGUGGGCCGGGAGGGUGUGCGCUACGCCAGGGCACUGCAGCUCAGCUACUACCUGCAAGCGAUCAGCCCGCUCAACGACGUGAUGGCGGCUCGCUGGGAAGUGCAGUUCUGCCUGGCGAUGGAGCGCUACCGCAAAGCACACCCAGAGAUCGGAGUGUACCCCUUCACUUCCUCCUCACCACAGCGUGACUUUCAGAGGACCAGCAAGGUGUCGGAGCGCCCCCUGCUGGUCAGCCUGUCGCUGUGCCUCUUGCUGGCGGUAUUGUGCUUCUCCAUGCGGGACUGUGUGCGGACAAAGCCCUGGCUUGGCCUCCUGGCAUUGCUCAGUAUCAGCCUGGCCACACUCACCUCAGCUGGUAUAAUCAACCUAUCAGGUGGCAAGUACAACUCCACCUUCCUGGGGAUCCCUUUCAUCAUGUUGGGUCAUGGGCUGCUUGGCACCUUUGAGAUGCUGUCGUCAUGGCGACGGACACGGGAGGACCAGCAUGUCAAGGAGCGUGUGGCGGCUGUGUUCUCGGACUGUAUGCUGCCCUUCACCGCCAGCACUGCCUUGUACCUGGUCACCUUUGGCAUCGGUGCCAGCCCCUUCACUAACAUCGAGGCCGUGCGCCUCUUCUGCCGCAACACUUGCAUCUCUGUGUUCUUCAACUACCUCUACAUCCUCUCUUUUUAUGGUUCCAAUCUGGUCUUUACAGGCUACCUGGAGAAUAACUACCACCACAGCCUGUUCUGUAGGAAGGUGCCUAAGCCUGAACUGCUGCAGCAGAAGCCGGCCUGGUACCGCUUCCUCAUGUACACCCAGUACAACGAGGAGACAGGCGAGCCAGGAGACUUGCGUGCCUAUGAGAGCCACCUGCUGGUGGCUUUCAUGAAGCGCUACUACUGCGACUGGAUCACUAACACUUACGUCAAGCCUUUUGUUGUCCUGGUCUACCUAGUCUAUAUCUCCUUCGCUCUGAUGGGCUACCUGCAGGUGAGCGAGGGUUUAGAUAUCAGCAAUGUGGUUGCCACAGAGACCAGCACCAUCGUUUACACCCGGGCCCAGCAGCGUUACUUCAGCAACUACAGCCCCGUUAUCGGCUUCUACAUCUAUGAGUCCAUCGAGUACUGGAAUGCCAGCGUGCAGGACGACGUGCUGGAGUACACUAAGGGCUUUGAGAGGAUCUCCUGGUUUGAGAGCUACCUGGGCUACCUGCGGAGCAUCAAUGUGAGCACCAGCCUGCCCAAGCGUGACUUCACUGAGCGCCUCCGGCGCAGCUUCCUACGCCUGCCACAGUUCCUGCAUUUCUCCGACGACAUAAUCUUCACCAAGCGCGCUGACGGUGAGGUGGAUGUGGUGGCCUCUCGCAUGUUCCUGGUCGCCAAGACCACAGAGAACAAACGGGAGGAGAUGUAUGUUCUGCUGGACACAUUGCGGAAGCUCUCACUAACCUCCCGGGUAAAGUUCAUUGUCUUCAACCCCUCCUUCAUCUACAUGGACCGUUACGCUUCUUCGGUGGGCGCCCCACUCAAGAACUCGUGCAUCUCUGCCCUCUUCCUCCUCUUCUUCUCCGCCUUCCUAGUGGCUGAUCCGCUGGUCAAUGUGUGGCUGACAGUGACGGUGGCCUCGGUGGAGUUUGGCGUGAUCGGCUUCAUGACGCUGUGGCAGGUAGAGCUGGACUGCGUCUCGGUGCUGUGCCUGAUCUAUGGGAUCAACUACGCUGUGGACUUGUGCAUGCCAUUGAUGUCAGCCUUUGCGCUAGGCCAGGACUACACGCGCACCCGAUGGGUGAAACUGACCCUGGAGAGGCACGGUGUGCCCAUGCUGCAGAGCUACGCCUGCUAUAGCGCCGCUCUGCUUCCUCUGGCUGCUGUGCCAUCCAACCUCACUCGCACACUUUUCAGGUGCCUCUUCCUCACGGCGCACAUCACUGCCUUCCAUUGUCUGGCUGUCCUGCCCAUCCUGCUCACUUUCCUGCCACCAUCCAAGAAGAAGAGGAAAGAGCAGCAUGGAGGCGAUGGGCGCGAGAUCGAAUGCGUGGAGAUGGCGGACAGCACCCGUGUCGUCGACCAGAUCACCACAGUCUAA